AUGGAAUCCGACGAAAAGGAUAAGCACAUGUUUGUUUUUCUGUUGGAGGAGGAGAACGCCGCCGCCACCGACUGCACAUGCAUGAUUGGGUUUUCCUCGCUGCAGAAGUGCACGGUUGCUAUGAGGUUGCUUGCAUAUGGAGCUCCGGGUGACAGUGUCGAUGAUUAUCUGUGCAUGGCUGAGAGCACCGCCAUUGAUUUCUUAUACAAGUUUUGUAGGGCAGUCAUAGCAGUGUUCGGGGAAGUAUACUUGAGAUCACCCACUGCUAAAGAUACUGAGCAAAUACUUGCAACCAUGCAGCAAGAGGAUUUCCUGAGAUGCUUGAAAGCAUCGACUGCAUGUAUUGCAAGUGGAAGAACUGUCCAAGGCUUGGCAGGGCAAAAAAGAGCCUGCACGGCAACACAAUUUCAGGUGUACAAGGGCCAUAAAGGAGGAUGUAGUGUGGUACUUGAGGUAGUGGUUACAUGUGAUACCAGGAUUUGGCACUCCUUCUUUGGAAUGGCAGAAUCAAACAACUUCAUCAACAUCUUGCAGUGCUCGCACUAG